AUUAAAGGCUUGUAAGUAAGCAUUUCACGGUAAGGUCUACAGUUGUUGUAUUCGGCGCAUGUGACAAAUCAAGUUUGAUUUGAUUUGAUUUGAUGACUCUUGGGUAAAAGCGGAACUGUGUGCCUCAGCAAAAAGUCGUCCCCCAGAUGUAUGCCUAGUUUUCUUCUUAUAAGGCCAGCACAUUUCACCUUCUCGUAUCUCAUAUUACGUCUAUAUCAUGAUUCACUGGUAUUUGGAACAAAAUCCCCUAUUGCUGUGAACAAGCAGUUGCAUGUCAAAACAAUGACAAAGAUAAAGCGGUGUAGGAAGAGGACAUUGAAAUGAAGGUUGAUUGCAAAACUUCCUGAAUUACCUCAGAGAUCUUGCUGACUGUGAUGUCACACUGGCUCUGGCCAGUCCUCAGAGGAAGUCAUUCUCAAAGUCAAUCUAAAUAAGUUCCUCUUGAAACCAACAGAAACGCCUGAACAGUGGAGACACACAAGAGAGGAGAUAAAAUAUGUUGAGGGGAGCAUAGACUGCCUUUCAAACCCAAUUGUUGUCACACUGACCCCAAAUGCAUGCCUCAACUGAUAUUCCCCUGAGAUGCUUUGAAAAGAGGAAGAGGUGGAUUUUGUGAAAAAACGGCAACAUCUAAAGUUUCCUGGAAACUAAAUCAUACUCAAUCAAAGAUGGCUGAAAUGGCUACAGUUGCACACAAUAACUCUACUGGCAGAGAGAACAAGUGCCUAUCCACUCAGGAUCUGGUGGCCGACAUAUUGCCUCCUGUCCUGAUUAUAGAGCUCCUACUGGGCCUGCCAGGCAACGUAGUGGCCCUGUGGAUCUUCACUUGCCGUCUGAAGAUCUGGAGGGUCAACACUCUGUUCCUCUUCAACCUGGUCCUGGCUGACUUCAUGCUGCUCAUCUGCCUGCCCUUCCGCAUUGACAACCUGCUCCGUGGGGAAUACUGGGUGUUUGGCGACGCCUGGUGCCGGAUCAACCUCUUCAUGCUGGCUGUCAACCGUUCGGCAAGCAUUGCCUUCAUGACUAGCGUGGCCUUCGACCGCUACUUCAAGGUGGUCCAUCCGCACCACCGCAUCAACCACAUGACGUCUACCCAGGCGGGAAUGGUGGCAGGGGGCAUCUGGGCGGUAGUGAUCUCCCUGCGGGUCCCCCUGCUGGCCACCAACCUCCUAAGUGAACAUGCCAACAGCUCCCUGUGCCGCAGCUUCAGCACCUACAGCGUGAUUCCCCCGGCGAUCCUGCUGCACUACAUGGUGUUCAUCGGGGAGUUCUUCCUGCCCCUGCUGCUCCUGCUGUUCUGCUCAGCCAGGAUCGCCUGCAUCCUGCGCCAACGGCAGCUGGACAAAGAGAAGAAGGUGCGGCGGGCCAUCCGGGUGGUGGGGCUAAUUGUGGCUGUGUUUGUGCUGUGUUUCUUUCCUGGCAUCGCCACAGGCCUGGUUUCGCUCUAUAUCAAGAAGUUCAGACCUUGGGACUGUGAAUCCUACAAAAUGGCAGGCCAGCUUUUCAGCCUGUCCAUUGGCUUCACCUACCUUAACAGCGCCCUGGACCCGGUCAUCUACUGCUUAUCCAGCUCCAUGUUCCAGAACUCCCUCAAGAGCUCCAUCAAUAAGAUGGGCCUGGUGGAGUUGAGGCUGAGCCGACGGGGAAGCAUGGCCAGCGAUGGGUGAGGGAGGCAACUCUGACCCUUUCCUCCAGAGACAGGCCCCACCUUCUAGAAGGUCCUAAUAAGGAGAACAGACUCAUGGCAGUGAAUUGAAUGGAGACUAGACAGUGGAAUUUUACAGCUGUAAUUAACAAUCCAUAUGUUAUAUUCAGAAACAUUUCGUAGCUAUGUGGGAUACGUACUUGAAAUGGCUGAAUACCAGUUAGUGUGAAACAAAGAUAGGAAAAAGAAUGCAAUCAUUCCAUCUGAAUUUGACAUUAUUUUCACAACCAUGUGAUGUGUUGUAGAAUGACAUUAUGUUUUUGUCUUGAUUUACUAAUAUGUCUGUCAAACACACCAUCAUUUUUACAGUUCAUACAGCAAGAUGUUUAAUCAAGUGUAUGUGUUACUCAGUUCUUUAUAAAAUAUAUAUUUGUAUGUGAUGUUUGUGCUUAGAGUAUACUGUACACUGUGUACAAAACAUGUUCUUUCCAUUACAUAGACUUACCAGGUGAAUCAAGGUGAAAGCUAUGAUCCCUGAAUUUCAAUCAGUGUAAAUGAAGGGGAGGAGACAGGAUUUGUACGUCUUGAGACAAUUGAGACAGGAUUGUUAAGCCUUGAGACAAUUGAGACAUGGAUUGGGUAUGUGUGCCAUUCAGAGGGUAAAUGGGCAAGACAAUAGAUUGAAGUGCCUUUGAAUGGGGUAUGGUGUUAGGUGCUAGGCGCACUGGUUUGAGUGUGUCAAGAACUGCAACGCUGCUGGGUUUUUCACGCUCAACAGUUUCCCCGUGUGUAUCAAGAAUUGUCCACCACCCAAAGGACAUCUAGUCAACUUGACACAGCUGAGGGAAGUAUUGGAGUCAACAUGGGCCAGCAUCCCUGUGGAACGCUUUCAACACCUUGUAGAGUCCAUGCUCCAAGUUGAGGCUGUUCUGAGGGCAAAAGGGAUACAACGCAAUAUUAGGAAGGUGUUCCUAAUGUUUUGUACACUGAGUGUAUAUUUUUCAAUCUAGAUAUUUUGUUCAUUUGUGAUGAAUGAAAUGACAAUAAAGAUUAUCCUGAAUGUUAUGUAAAAUACAUAUGAAGCCACAGAUGAAGCCUGUCAAAGCCGCAGAAGCCACAGAUGAAGGGGAACUCUUGAUUGCUGCUGGGGGAGAGAGACUCUUCUCUUCAAAGACUCACAUUAUCCACACAAAAGUGCUACAUGUCAUCCUUUGUUGCACAGCACCUGGUAGCAGCAAGGGAACUCAAUCAAUGGCUGUAGGUGUAAUUACCGCUGAGCUACCACUGCUGUGCCAACAUGUGACUCUGACAUGUGGCUUACUGGGACGAUACACGGCAGUGCAAACAGAGGUAUUAAAUGUAUUUCUCUCAAGUUUUAUUACUCACAGAUGAUUUUUUUUUUGCUCAAAUAUCUCCAAAGCUAAUAUACAGGGGAUUUGGGAGGCUGUCGUCUAACUCUUUAAUAAGAGAACAAAUACAAUCCACUGUGAUCAUGCACACUGUCUGUGUGUCUUUAAUAGACACAAAAACCAAAGGCUUGGAUUUUAAUGCAGUGGUUAUAAACCGUUUCCUUUCCGGGGACCACCAGAUCACCA